GUAUACACAUUUUCUCGGUGCACAUCAGCACAACAGUGGACCCGAGCCAGCCAGAGCCAGCCCAAGGAAUCUCUGAAGGAUAUAAGACACAGAAACACCGUGACCAUUGCACCUUAAGACAUGGCCCAGUGCAGACUCUUUCUGCCACUCCUGUAAGCUGUGAAAAAAAAAGUAAGAGGGUUCCUGACUCUGUUUAGGUUUAGGGGUGACUGACUGACUGUAUCCUGCUGAGGCUGCACUUUUGGCUCAAGGGGACUGAGUGAGAGUGACGUUGAGCGUGUGUCAGUUUAGCUUGGUGAGCUGUUUUUAAAGUGACGUAAAUUUACAGUCUUUCACCAAACUCUCACUUAAUGUUGAAACUAUUGAAUGAAGUCAUCCAUACCCAUCGCUUUGUCACAAUUCCUUGUUACAUUGAGCUGUGAGCUUUGACUCUAAUAGUUGCCCUUUUUUUUUCUCACUUUUUAAUUGGUUCUUAUGCCCUUGGGUUACCUUUUGGUUUUACGAUGAGUUUAGAUUUAAUUGCGGACAUCACUCGUGAUGAGGAAGCAACUUACGCCUUCCUAAAACAACAAAAUUGUAUCUUGCGCACCGCUCCAAAGUGCUGUAUUUGUGGUAGGGAAUUGACUUUAGUGAAGUGUGGUCGACGAAUCGGAGCAGUGUGGAGGUGCCCGUCUCACAAGGGUAAUUGUAUAUCUAUACGCUCUGGAUCCUUCUGGGAAAAGUCAAGGUUGCCCCUAUCCAAACUUGUGCAACUGGCUUUUUGUUGGGCUUAUGACCACUCAAACAAAACAUGCGAGGAUCUCACAGGAGUGAACAAAAAUACUGUGGGACAAUGGUACCAGUAUUUCAGAGAUGUCUGUUCUCAUCAUUUGAUACAAAACCCCAUAAUGAUUGGAGGAGAAAAUCUCAUCAUUGAGCUGGAUGAAUCUGUCGUGACCAGACGGAGAGACAGAACAGGUCAUGGUACUCCUGAAAGGUUGGUUUUUGGGGGAUUUUGUCCUUCCACCCAGGAAGGCUUCCUUGUAUUUGUUCCCAAUAAAGAGGCAGCUACACUCCUUCCUAUAAUUCAACAGUAUGUCCGUCCUGGCUCCAUCAUUCACACUGAUGGGUUGGCCUCCUACGAUGGCAUUGGUGAAAUUGAUGUCCAGCCACCUUACAUCCACCAUAGAGUUGACCAUUCUGGUGAUUUUGUCGAUCCUAACACUGGUGCCUCUACAAACCAUGUGGAAGAAUACUGGCGAAGAGCUGAACAGAAAUUUAGGGCGGAAAAGUACUGGGGAAAAGCUAAACAGAAGUUUAAGGCUAUGUAUGGGUCUCAAGGAAAUCUUUUGGAUCCUCAUUUGAAUGAGUUCCAUUGGAGAGAAAGGUAUGGAAAAAUCAAAAUUGAUGCCUUCACUAACCUUUUAUUGCACAUUAGUCAGUGGUAUCCAACACCUUAAUACAAUACCAUGCACACACACACACACACACACACACACACACACACACACACACACACACACACACACAGUGGCAAGUGGUGGGAACAGAGCCCUUCUGGCCAAUAGUGUGGCUUCAUUUAUGUGACAUGUCAGCUGAGUGAAAGAGCUCUGAAGGGGAGCUGGGAAACAAAGAGAGCUGGAGGGAUGGCCUCAUUAGGAGAAUGUGUAAUUUAUUAAUUUUUUUCUGGUAGUUUUGAAAUUGUUUUGAAUUAAUCUAUAUUUUGUUUCCAUCACAAAUCAACAAAGAAUGUGUUAUUUAUUUAUUUUUUUCUGGUAGUUUUAAAAUUGUUUUGAAUGAAUCUAUAUUUUGUUUCCAUCACAAAUCAGCACUGUCAUAAUAAAGUCAUCCCUCAGCUCUCCUAAUUUCUCAGCUUCCCCUUUGCAGCUCUUUCACUCAGUUAACAUGACGUGAGAAUGAAAUUAUAACCAAAGCUAACCUAACCCAAAUUUUAACUUAAUCUAACCCAGCUAACAUAACUUAACGAUGCUAUCGGUCAGAAUAGCUCUGAGGAAGACAGCAGUGGUGUGUGUUGCUUCAAUUAGGUUAUGUAGUUAAGUUAGGGUAGGAUAAAGUUAGGGUUAGGUUAGUUUGGGUUAUCAUAUUGUCAUUUCCAUGUCAUGUCAGCUGAGUGAAAGAGCUGUGAUGGGGAAGCAAGGAGAGCUAGAGAGACAACUUUAUUAGGACAGUGCCUGCAAAUCAGUACGUUUUAUAUUCUCCCCUAAAAAACAUGGUCAUGUGUGCACAAGUAAUGUGACUGCACACAUGAAUGAACACAAUGAACACCUAAUAGCAUUCCUCAUUGGCAGUCAGUCCAUCACGUGUGGGUGUCACAGCGCAUUAGCUCAUUCUCUCUUAAAAUGGUAAAUCUUCAAAAACUUGUCAACGUUAUAUAUAAUUUACAAUGGGCAUGUAUUGGUUCAAAUUAUUCCAUGAUAAGUUUUACAUGAAGGGAAGGGUAAGAAAAGUUACGUGGAUUAUGGUGAAAGACUGUAAAGAUAUCGGUUUGGGAGGGGUCAUCCUUAUUUUCAUGGUGCUGUAUAGUAUGAGGAGGGCAGAGGAUGAGGAUGUAACAGUGCAGUUAGGAUAGAGGCUUCAGCACCACUCAAAGGAAAUGUUUUGGAAUGCGUGCGUGUUAGUUCAGAGGAGGCACGGAUGUAGCAAGCCAGUCAUCAUUGCCUCACACCGUAGACACCAACAGCCACAGCCAUUACACCUGCAGACACACCCCUGUGCAGACUGUUGCUGCCGCUCCUAUAUGCUGUAAAACCCCCAAAGAAGAAUGGUGCAGUGCCAUUGUGUGAUGCAAAGGGUCUGCUGCUGCUGCCUGGUGUCUUGCGCUGAGGGAAAGUGAGCUUGUGAUGGGGCAACAAAGUACAUCACCAGCACUGUCUGCAUUGGUGUGGUGUGGAGUCACCAGUCAGACAAGAAGCUGAAAUGCCACAAAUAAAACACCAACUUACCAACACAACAAAGAGCUGAUUGGUAGGACCUUCAGUGAGAGACAAUGCCAUGACCAGGAAAGCAACAUAGCUGUGCGUCCGACAUACAAACAUGACUCAACUUCUGCGACCAUGUGUGUGUCUUCUCGCCACUGUGUGCCGCCCAGCAAGGUCCUCCACCACCCUGAGGACUGCCCUGGGUGGCAGGGCCUCUCACCACCUGCAGGGCAGACACUGGUGUCCACAAACCCAGCAGGAACAUCGCCAUCACCACACUGAACAGUCAGACACCCUGGACACCGCCAUGGGGAUGCUGCAGGAUGUGUUUGGCAUGACCCACGAGGACGCGCAGUACAUCCUGAUAUCCUGCAGUGUCCCAGAGCAGGACAUCCUUAGCAACCUACGCAUCCUUCACCAGUGUGGCAUUGGUGGGGAGCAAGUGCACAGGAUUCCUUGGAUAAUUGGCCAGAGUGCAGACGUACUUGAAGAGAAGCUACGCAAGAUCCAGGAGCCAUUUUUGUUCCGGCAGCACAGCGACGGUCUGGGCUUCUGUCAGCUGCGCCUUGGCCAGAUCAACACCUACCAGGCACACUUCAGGAAGGAGGCGCCAAACUUCCCUCACCACCCUAACCGCAUCUACUACCUGGCCGAGAGAAUAAAGGUGCCGGUGGAGUUGUUCAGCGAGAAGGUUGGCAAGCCUCACAGAACACUCCUGCUCAACAUCAAACGCAUCGACUCCUUCAUCGACAUGUUCCAUCAGUAUGGCAUGUCACCAGAGGACAUCGUGUCGGACCUGUGGGUGUUUGAAUACUCCCUGAAGAAUGCAGAGGAGAGGCUGCGUCGUGCCACUUACCUUGGCUACACUGCACUCAGGCCUUGGAUGUGUCGCUGCUCCAACAAGAUAUUUGACAGGUUCUGUGAGCGGUACCAGAGUGAGAAGGAGUUACUGGGGAACCACAAGUCUCUCCUCAGCUACCUGGCCGAGCGUCUCCACUGUGAGCCAAGCCUGCUGGAGGAGAAGUUUGAGAGUAACGAGAUCCUCAAGAGACUCCACAUUAGCAAGUUCAGUCGAAUCCUUGAUCUUCUCUACGCUGAAGGGAUAACUGCUCAGGAGAUCAUGUCCUGCAUGAGAGUCUUCCAGUACUCAGAGGAACGCACGGCUGCCAGGAUUAAGGAGCUCAAGGACAUUGGUUUCUUCCCCUUCCCAAUGAUCCUCCUGUGUCGCACUCCAGCACAGUUCAAGAACAUCGUUGCCAUGUACAGGAAGAAGUUCAAGGAGGAGGGGUGAUGUCAUGAAGACUUGGGAUGUUGGUAUGUUCUGAGGUGAUGUGGUGAGACUUGGGUUGGUGUUGGUGUGUUCUGGGGUGAUGUUAGCAAGAUUUGGGGGGGGUUGGUGUGUUCUGGGGUGAUGUUAGCGAGAUUUGGGUGUUGUUGGUGUGUUCUGGGGUGGUGUGGUGAGAUAAGGGAGUGGUGAGAGAGUGGGAGGAUGAGCAAAUGCCAAAUAAAAGAUGGUGAUAUGAGAAAAAUAUAAAUGCUUGUGAUGGUAAGAAAGAGGAGAAAUAAAGACAGAAAAAGAAAUGCUUGUGCUUGUAAGAAAGAGGAGAAAUAAGAGAAGAAAAAAUAAUGCUUGUAAUCGUAAGAAAAAGGAGAAAUAGGAGAAAGACAAAUAUAAAUCCUUGUAAUCAUAAGAAGAGAAAUAAAAGAAAAGAGAGAGAGAGAGAGAGAGAGAGAGAUUUAUGGCUGUGAUUUCAGAGUUACCAUGUCAGUUUAGAUUAAGAAAAUGAACAGAAAUACACACUCAAACCUUGUCCUUGUUAAUAUUCCAAUCUGUUAGGUGUAAAUAAGCGAUUAUAUUAUUUAUUUUUGAAUAUAAGCCAGUUACCAUUGAA